CCCUGUGGUUGGCGGCCUUGUCCUCGGUCCAAGGGUAUAAGGCUACCUCACCGGGCCAAGGGAACACAGAUGGAAAAGAGAGAGGCCAUUAUGUCCCCUUGGAGCCCAGAGCGAAGCCAGAGCCCGGGAGGUCUGAGCUCCCAUCUUUCUAGAACACUGCUCCUGCUGCUGUUAUUCGUGGCCUCAGCCCAGGGGGUCACCCUGGACCGUGACACCUGCCUGGUGUUCCCGUCCAGCAACGGCAGCUCCGUCUCCUGCCACCCACCUGCCAAACUCCCUCACCGCUUCCCUUCCGACACCGUCCACCUGGUGGUGGAGUUCUUCAACCUCACCCAGCUUCGGGCUGACACCCUCCAGGGCGUCUCUAACCUCCAGGAGUUGCACCUCUCCACCAACCAGCUGGAGAGCCUCUCGCCCAAGCUCUUGCUGCCGGUGCCUCUGCUGAAAGUGCUCGACCUGACCCGCAAUGCCCUGACCCAUCUGCCCCCCGGCCUGUUCCGGGUCUCGGCUGCUCUCCACACCCUGGUACUGAAGGAAAACCGGCUGGACGUCCUGGAGCCCUCAUGGCUGUGCGGGCUGAAAGCCCUGGGGCAUCUGGACCUGUCCGGGAACCACCUCCAGACACUGCCCCCCGGGCUGCUGGCCAACUUCACCGCCCUGCGCAUCCUUGACCUCAGUAAUAACCAGUUGAAGACUCUGCCCCCUGACCUCCUGAGGGGCCCCCUGCAGUUGGAAAGGCUGCAUCUGGAGGGCAACAGGUUGCAAGUGCUUGAAGAGGGGCUCCUGGCACCCCAGCCAGGCCUGCGCUACCUUUUCCUGAGUGACAACAAGUUGGCCACGGUGGCUGCCGGUGCCUUCCGAGGUCUGCAGCAGCUGGACAUGCUUGACCUCUCCAACAACUCGCUCACCAGCGUGCCCAAGGGGCUCUGGACAUCCCUGGGGCAGCCCACCCGGGACAUGGAGGACGGCUUUGACAUCUCUGGUAACCCCUGGAUCUGUGAUCACAACCUGGACGACCUCUAUGGGUGGCUUGUGGCCAACAAAGACAAGAUGUUCUCCAGGAACGACACCCGCUGCGCUCGGCCCGAACCCUUGAAGGGCCAGACGCUCCUAGAAGCAGCCGAGUCACACUGAGGCUGAGGCCUGGGGCUGCGGUGGGGAGACGGGCCUGGCAGGACGCUGCAUGCUCCUUGGCAAAUCAUUCACCUUCAGCUUUCCGGAGCUGCUGGGGCUGGCUUGGCUCACGCUUCCUAAAACACACCGUGGGCUCUCUGGCCUCCUUGUACCCUCUUCCAAGAAUCUUUCCUGGGGGCACCUGGCUGGCUUAGCUGGUAGGGCAUGCAACUCUUCAUCUCAGGGCCCCACACUGGGAAUGGAGCCUACUUAAAAAAAAAAAAAAAAAAAAAAGAAUGUCUCCCUAUUUUCCAGAUCUCCUGGUCUCCAGGCUCCCCCAGGCCUCCCGCUGGCCAAGCCCUGGCCACGCUGGGUUGUCUCUAUCUGGCUCUGCUCCCCCACUUCAGGGGGCUCUCCAAAUGCAGGGACUGGGACUGGGUUCCCUGGUAGCCAGCAUCUCUCAGUUUGGAGACGGACCUGAGGGGUUAAUAAGUGUGGAAUGGGAUUGGACUAUUGGAAUUCACUGUGUUCCCAGCAUCUCCGAGGUUCUCUUCUUAGUCCUCCAGAGGAAGGAGAAGGAAAGAAGAGGCCUGAUCCAGGGUCUGGGGUGUAGGACGUGAGCUUCCAAAGGGAUAACAGUUGGGAUCUGAUGGCCCUCGGCUUCUCCUCUCCCUCCCCCCAUCCAGGACUUAACUGGAAAUAAAACUCUGACCAUUG